UGAGCAUAAUACUUGUAUUUGUGAAUAUAGGUUCUUGUAUUCUCAAGUAAAAUGAUUUGUAAUUAUACAAUUAUUAUGAAUUUUGGGGAUGAAGUCCAUUUAUUUCGUAAAUAGAUGAAUUAAUCGAACCACUUCAAUCUACUCCGUCUUUCAUUUCUUUUUUAAUGCAACACAAUAUGUUUAUCGUCCUCCUAUUGCAAAUUUGUUUCCAAACUCGCUGAGUCACUCACUUCAUUCACAAUAUUACGUUGACUCAACUUCCAUUCAUUUCUCUCAGGUGGUGCAAAACAGUGGGAUAAGUUGGAAGGUAGAUCCUUGGCUUUUAGUUUUGUAGAGGCAGCUUUAGUCAUGAUUUGACUAUAGCAUAAACAUGGCUCAGCAGUUUGUGCAAGUUAAUGUGAUGCAGUUUACAAUCGGCAAUACCGACAUCAACCUGGCUCUUAAUCUGAAGUUCUCAUUACUUACCUAAAUGGAGCUCAAUGAAGAUCCCGGGCCAAUUGAUAACUAUGUACUUUAUGAUCAAGGUAACCAUGUUUCUUCGGCCAUUUGGGAUGGACAGGAGCGUGGUGUUCUUAGAUGCCACGAACACACUUCGAUGCUUGAUCAGUGGAAGCUCGCGCCUAAACAGAUUAAGUUGGUUGAGAAGGCUGGUUUUGGUUACCUACGAUUACUUCCUGCUAUGAGUCUUGACAAUGCACUGAUAGCAGCUUUGGUCGAGCGGUGGAGGAGAGAAACAAAUACCUUUCACUUUACCGUUGGAGAAUUGACAAUAACCCUAGAAGAUGUAGCGUUGUUACUUGGAUUGGCUAUUGAUGGAGAACCUGUGAUAGGCCCAAUAAGUGCACCAAGUGCAGCAUGUGAGAAACUACUAGGGAGAGUACCGGAGGAUUUGAAUGGUGGAAUGGUGAAGCUUACUUGGUUGAAGGAAUUCUUUUCCGAGUGUCCUGAAGAUGCAUCACCGGAGGAAACUGAGCGAUGUACUCGUGCUUAUCUUCUAUACCUAGUAGGCAGUACAAUAUUUUCUACCACAACUGGGAACAAAGUCCCUGUAAUGUACCUUUCUUUGUUUGAAAACUUUGACAAGGCCGGGAAGUUUGCAUGGGGUGCAGGAGCGUUGGCGUUUUUAUAUAGAGCGCUCGGAAAUGCAUCCCUUAAAUAUCAAAGCACAGUCAGUGGCUGUUUAACUCUAGUACAGUGUUGGAGUUAUUCCCGUCUCAAUGUCGGACAGCCAAAAUUUAAUCAAGAUCCUGACAGUAAUUGCUUUCCCUUUGUGCUUAAAUGGAAAGCGAAAAGUGGUUGUAGGACGAAAUGUAAUGUAGUGUCCUACAGAAAGGCUUUGGAUUCUCUUAAUCCCUGUGAUGUCCGGUGGCUUCCUUACAAGGAUGCGGACUAUGGAGCAAUACCUGAAUAUAUAAAAACUAGUUUGGUUUUACGGGCGUCUAGGACUAUGCUAUUGUGUUUUGACAAGGCAGAAAUGCACCUUCCUGAUCGUUGCUUAAGGCAACUUGGCAUGCAUCAAACCAUCCCAAAAGAUGUGGAACGUUGGGAGAGGAAGAGUCGUAUAGUGGAUCACGGGGCAGACUUGAUGGGGAAAAUGGACAUAGCUCUCAAAGAAUGGUCAGAGCGUUGGCUUCAUCUUGUUGAAGGUGGCGACAUUUUAGAUGAUGAGGGUGGGUACAUGCAGUGGUACCAGAAGGUUACUCGAAAAUACAUCGGGAGAGUCACAUCAUCUCUAGAGUCAGAGUAUCAGAGAACGGUUACUGCUAUGAAGGAAAUCGCAAACAUUGCCGAUAUAUUUUCUACAGAAGGGUUGGAUUCUUAUAAUAAAGGGUUAAUUGAUGAAGUGAAAAAUAUUGCGCAUAUGUGUUUAACAGAACAGUUUGAAGAAAUGCCAAAGGACAAAGCGAGUAAGAAAAAGUGUAGUCGGAAACGUAAGCAAAAAGAUCAUCCGAGUACGGAGUAUGAAUAGCAGCAAACUUAGCACUAACUGAAGCUAAUCCUGACUUUUCGCCCUGAUAGUUAUGACGUUAAGGUUGGUAAAAGAUACAAGGUAUAUAAUCAAACGUUCAACACUGCAUAAAGAACAUAUCCUAUAGAACACAGGAUGGCAUAUUUAUCAAAUACUGAAAAACCUUGAGAUAUUUGGAUGCAGAUGGUUAGUAAAUUGAUGCUGUAAAGCUCCGUUGGAUCUUCUUGUUAUAGGCAUUUAUUGGAAGUUUUAUUUAUUCCUUUCCUUGUUCUUGAUGUAUGGCCUUGUUUUUUACAUGGUUAUUAUAUUAAAUAUAAGUGCUGGCUCAUCCUUUUACCUGUCUUGCAGCUUUUUUUUUUUUUUUUGGUUUUGAUUGAGUACAAUUCUCUCUCUCAAUGUAGAUUGGAAAUUUCAUCCCAGAUGACAAAGAAAAAGCUAUAUAAUUAUCUCUGCACUUUUUUUAAGUUUAAA